CCGGGCGGCCCCGCCCCCCCUCCCCCGUCGGUAGCGGCUCCGCCGGGCGCCGCCGCGGCCAUGGACUGAGCAGGCAGCCAUGGGCGCCAAGGAGUCCCGCAUCGGCUUCCUCGGCUACGACGAGGCCCUGCGGAGGGUUACAGACAUAGAACUGAAGAGGCUCAAAGAUGCUUUCAAGAGAACUUGUGGCCUCUCCUAUUAUAUGACCCAGCAGUGCUUCAUCAGGGAAGUUCUGGGUGAUGGGGUCCCUCCCAAAGUUGCUGAGGUUAUCUACUGUUCAUUUGGAGGAAUAUCCAAAGGGCUGCACUUCAAUAACUUGAUAGUUGGAUUAGUUCUACUCACAAGAGGCAGAGAGGAGGAGAAAACAAAAUAUAUUUUCAGCCUCUUCUCUAAUGAAUCUGGGAGUUAUGUUGUCCGUGAAGAGAUGGAGAAGAUGCUGCAUGUGGUUGAUGGGAAAGUCCCAGAGUCACUCAAGAAAUGUUUCUCUGAGGGUGAGAAGGUGAACUAUGAGAAGUUCAGGGUUUGGCUGCUGCACAACAAAGACGCUUUCACCUUCUCGCGGUGGCUGCUCUCAGGAGGGGUCUACGUGACCCUCACUGAUGACAGUGACACCCCAACCUUCUACCAGACCCUGGCUGGAGUCACACACUUGGAAGAAUCCGACAUCAUCGACCUGGAGAAGCGAUACUGGCUGCUGAAAGCUCAGUCCAGGACUGGACGCUUCGAUUUGGAGACAUUUGCCCCCUUAGUGUCCCCCCCAAUCCAUCAAUCCCUGAGUGAAGGUUUGUUUAAUGCUUUUGAUGAAAACCGAGACAAUCACAUAGAUUUUAAAGAAAUUUCCUGUGGGCUCUCAGCAUGUUGCAGGGGACCCUUGGCAGAGAGACAGAAGUUUUGCUUCAAGGUGUUUGACGUGGACCGCGAUGGGGUCUUGUCUCGCACCGAGCUCAAGGACAUGGUGGUGGCACUUUUAGAGGUCUGGAAAGACAACAGGACAGACAAAAUACCUGAGUUGGACAUGGGUUUGUCUGAAAUUGUGGAAGAUAUUUUACAUGUGCAUGAUAACACAAAGCUUGGACACCUUACUCUGGAAGACUACCAGAUAUGGAGUGUGAAGAGUGCUCUUGCCAAUGAAUUUUUAAAUCUGCUUUUUCAGGUGUGUCACAUAGUUCUGGGACUGCGACCUGCCACCCCAGAGGAGGAAGGACAGAUUAUUAGAGGCUGGUUGGAAAGAGAGAGCAGGUAUGGCCUCCAGCCAGGGCACAACUGGUUUCUCAUUGCUAUGCCCUGGUGGCACCAGUGGAAAGAAUAUGUCAAAUAUGAUGCAAACCCAGUUGUGAUAGAGCCUUCAUCUGUCUUGAGUGGAGGUAAGAAUCCCCUGGUAGCUGCUGCAGCCAAUACCCCAGAACAGGGAGAAGACAAAAUGGGAGGUCUUAAUGGCUUCAGUGCACCAGAAGAAAAGUUUUCAGAUAAUAUUUCCACUGCCUCAGAAGCCUCAGAGUCCACCAGCAGCAAUACUCUGUACCCUGGCACCCCAGGCUCUGAGGUGAGCUUUGCAAGGCAGCACAACACUUCAGACAAUAACAACCAGUGUUUCCUUGGAUCCAAUGGGAAUGCUCUGCUUCAGCUGAACCCCCAGAAACCAGGAGCUAUUGAUAACCAGCCCCUGGUCACCCAGGAGCCAGUCAAGGCUGCAUCAUUAACUAUGGAGGGUGGAAGGUUGAAGAGAUCUCCACAGCUGGUGGAAGGAAAGGACUAUGUCAUGGUGCCAGAACCAGUUUGGAGAGCACUUUACCACUGGUAUGGAGCAAACCUGUCCUUGCCCAGGCCGGUGAUCAAGAACAGCAAGACCAACGUGCCCGAGCUGGAGCUGUUCCCUCGCUACCUGCUGUUCCUGCGGCAGCAGCCGGCCACGCGCACCCAGCAGUCCAACGUCUGGGUCAAUAUGGGGAAUGUCCCUUCCCCAAAUGCUCCUUUGAAGAGGGUGCUGGCUUACACUGGCUGCUUCAGUCGGAUGCAAACCAUCAAAGAAAUCCACGAGUACCUGUCCCAGAGGCUGCGGAUAAAGGAGGAGGACAUGCGCCUCUGGCUCUACAACAGUGAGAACUAUCUCACUUUGCUGGAUGAUGAAGAUCAUAGACUGGAAUACCUUAAAAUCCAAGAUGAGCAGCAUUUAGUAAUAGAAGUUCGAAACAAAGACAUGAGCUGGCCAGAAGAGAUGUCUUUUAUAGCAAACAGCAGUAAAAUAGACAGACACAAAGUUCCUACUGAGAAGGGUGCUACAGGCCUGAGCAACCUGGGGAACACGUGCUUCAUGAACUCCAGCAUCCAGUGUGUCAGCAACACGCAGCCCCUGACCCGUUACUUCAUCUCAGGGAGGCAUCUCUACGAGCUGAACAGGACAAAUCCCAUAGGAAUGAAAGGACACAUGGCCAAGUGCUAUGGGGAUUUGGUGCAGGAGCUGUGGAGUGGCACCCAGAAGAACAUCGCCCCCUUAAAGCUGAGGUGGACAAUAGCAAAAUAUGCUCCAAGAUUUAAUGGCUUUCAACAGCAAGACUCACAGGAGCUUCUGGCUUUUCUUCUGGAUGGGCUCCAUGAGGACUUGAACAGAGUUCAUGAUAAGCCAUAUGUGGAACUGAAGGACAGUGAUGGUCGGCCAGACUGGGAGGUAGCAGCAGAGGCCUGGGAAAACCAUCUGAGAAGAAACAGAUCCAUUGUUGUAGAUUUAUUUCAUGGGCAGCUGAAGUCACAAGUGAAAUGUAAAACUUGUGGGCAUAUAAGUGUUAGGUUUGACCCUUUUAAUUUUUUAUCCUUGCCUUUGCCAAUGGACAGCUACAUGCACCUAGAAAUUACAGUAAUUAAAUUAGAUGGCACUACUCCUGUUCGAUAUGGGCUGAGAUUGAACAUGGAUGAGAAGUACACAGGCUUGAAAAAACAGCUGAGUGAACUCUGUGGCCUCAAACCAGAGCAGAUUCUGCUUGCAGAGGUGCACAGCUCCAAUAUAAAGCUGAAGGUAUCCAAGUGCCUGAGCAGCUUUCCCUCUCUCCUGAAGAACUUCCCUCAGGACAACCAGAAGGUCCGGCUGUCUGUGAGCGGCUUCCUGUGUGCGUUUGAGAUCCCCAUCCCAGGCUCCCCCACGUCAGCAUCCAGCCCUGUGCAGACAGAGACCUCAACUGGGCCAUCAGCCAACGGAGCCCCCAGCAUCCUGAUGAACGGGGACGUUGCCAAGCCAAGCCUCAUUCCCAAUGGGAUGCCAAACACUGUGGUGCCAUGUGGGACGGAGCGCAGCCCGCCCAGCUGGACCCUCAACGGCCACGUGCCCUCGCUGUGUGACAGCCCCUGCACAGGCUACAUCAUUGCAGUGCACAGGAAAAUGAUGAGGACAGAGCUGUAUUUUCUCUCAUCUCAGAAGAAUCGGCCCAGUCUCUUUGGAAUGCCAUUGAUUGUUCCCUGCACAGUUCACACACGGAAAAGGGACCUCUAUGAUGCUGUGUGGAUCCAGGUGUCCAGGCUGGCCAGCCCCCUCCCUCCUCAGGAAGCCAGUAACCAUGCACAGGACUGUGAUGACAGCAUGGGGUAUCAAUACCCCUUCACCCUCAGGGUAGUUCAGAAGGAUGGAAAUUCUUGUGCUUGGUGUCCAUGGUACAGGUUCUGCCGUGGCUGUAAGAUUGAGUGCACAGAGGACAGGGCUUGUGUGGGCAGUGCCUACAUUGCUGUGGACUGGGACCCCACCGCGCUGCACCUGCGCUACCAGACCUCACAGGAACGGAUCGUGGAAGAACAUGAAAGUGUUGAACAAAGCCGCCGAGCCCAGGCAGAGCCCAUCAACCUGGACAGCUGUCUGAGAGCCUUCACCAGCGAGGAGGAGCUGGGGGAGGAUGAGAUGUACUACUGCUCCAAGUGCAAGACCCACUGUCUGGCCACCAAAAAACUGGAUCUUUGGAGACUUCCCCCUAUUUUGAUCAUUCACCUGAAAAGAUUUCAGUUCGUUAAUGGCCGCUGGAUAAAAUCCCAGAAAAUUGUUAAAUUUCCCAGAGAAAAUUUUGACCCAAGUGCCUUUUUGGUACAAAGGGAUCCGAGUCAUUUCCAAAGGAAGCAGCUCACCCUGCAGGUUGAGAGCCUUCCUGAAGCACGGCCUGGCCAAGGGGACACCAGGAAAGCAGAUGUGCAGAACACUGGCACAGCAGGAGAAGGGGACACUCUGAACAGGAGUCCAUCCUCCCUAAACACUACUGUCCUCAAUAAUGUCAAAGCAUCUCCAUCCUUGGGGCGGAAAAGUGGAACCAGCUGCCCCUCAAGUAAAAACAGCAGCCCCAACAGCAGCCCAAGGACUUUGGGGAGAGGCAAAGGGCGCCUGCGGCUGCCCCAGCUGGGGAAAAACAAACUGUCCAGCAGCAAGGAAAACCUGGCUGCAAACAGGGAGAACGGUGCUGAGCACGAGCAGGGGGAUGCUCUGACUAAAGGACAGGCUUUGGGGGGCAGCCAGAGCGAGCUGUACCCCGGGCAGGACAGCGAGGGGGCUCUGGCCAACGGGUUCCUGUGGGAGCAGAGCUCGCUCAGCAACGGGCAGGGCGAGAACCACAGCGAGGACGACACCGCCGACGACCAAAGAGACGACGGCUGGCUCAGCCCCAUCUACAACCUAUAUGCAAUCUCGUGCCAUUCAGGAAUUAUGGGAGGGGGUCAUUAUGUCACUUAUGCCAAAAACCCGAACAACAAGUGGUACUGCUACAAUGACAGCAGCUGCAAGGAGUUGCACCCGGACGAGAUCGACACGGACUCUGCCUACAUUCUGUUCUACGAGCAGCAGGGGGUGGACUAUGCCCAGUUCCUGCCCAAGAUCGAUGGCAAGAAGAUGGCAGACACGAGCAGCAUGGACGAGGACUUCGAGUCCGACUACAAGAAGUACUGCGUGCUGCAGUGAGCCCAGCUCCACAGGCUGAGGGAGGAACCCUGGCACUGCCCCUGGGGAGGCUGUGGCUGAGACAGGGAGCAGCUUGUGGUUGUCAUUGUCCCCUGUGAGCUGAAAGCACAAAAAGAGCCCCUGGUUAAGCAGUUAAUAUCCAGUAGUAUUGUUUUGUUCUGUUUUCUCACUACAUGCUCGAAACGUUUCUGAUGUUGGACAUCUGAGACUGCCACUGGCCUUUAAAUCCAAUGGUUUGAGAAAAGCCAACUAGGACCAAAUAAGAGCUAAAUUAAACAUCCAAAUAAGAGCUAAACAGAGUAGUGUAGAGUUUACCAACUGUUCUAACACCCCCCGAGGCUCUCGUUAGGUUUAAGGUAACGGGGAAAAACAAUUUAUAGUGUUGUCUUUGGACAACAUGAUAUUGCUACCUCCUUUUUCCUGCAGUUUUAUUGCAUUUUAUUGGCAAAACAGGGAAGGCAAGAGAAGGAUAAGUGCACAAAUGGAAACAAAUUAUUGUCAUGGGGAAGAGAAGUUUCCAGUUUUGCCACCACUAAUGUGUGUCAGUUGCUUUCUUUCUGUAUGUUGGGAGCACAACCAAAUCAUCAUUUGAGAAGAGAUUAAUUUCUACACUUGAAUGGUUUAUUAUACUUGUGUUUUUUCCACGUGUUGGCUGUGCAGAUCAACAUGUUUCAGGAAUGGCUUUUCUGCCUGAAGAGUGCUGGCUCAAACUUUUUUGAGCUGCCUCAAGAAGAAACUUCAGGUUGGAGAGAGUAGUUGUGAUUACACUCACGGUGUCUUAAAAUGUGCACAUUGCACAAAACGUUCCCAGCUUUUGGAAGGAGAGAUGCUUGAGCUUAUGUUUCAUGACUGGUGUUGCUUUUGAAAUUUGCACUUUUGAAAAUGCAUCUGAUUCAAUUGAAAGCCACCGUUUGUUUGGUUUUGUUGCUGUUGUUGUAAGGGCUCUGGAGUGAAUGGCUGUGAAUAUCCACUGUGUAUUUCAAAGGAAGAAGCUGUGGCUGUCCGGUAGCUGUCGUAGCAUUCAUGGAUGGAGGUUUUUUUAAUUGGUUUCCUAACUCAGUUUCUUGUUCUCAAAAUUUGGUUGCCUUUUCAAAUUAUCUUUUCGUUUGUUUGUUUGUUUGUUUGUUACACCAGGUUAUGCAAAUACUUGCAAUUAAACCAGACUUUCCAAGCCCUUGCAACAUGCUCUGUAAUUCAAGGGGCUUCUUGCAUGAGGGGAAGUGUGACUGAGUCUUAGCAGAGAAUGGGAAAAAAGAGGGUUGUUUUUUUUGAGCUGGCAUUUCUUUAAACAGUUUCAGUGUUAAAUUGUUUGCAUAUCUGAAUGAAGAUACAAUUUUUCACUCUUUUGGCCUUUUGUUCUUCAGCUGAGCGUAAACAGCUUAUUAAUUUUGUUGUACAUCAUGUUCCCAGUUCUCUAGAUUUUUGUACCUUCACUAACAAAACUGUUACUCACGUGGUUCUCUGCGAUUAAUGUUUGGAUUCAUUUUGGGGUGUUUGACAAGAAUGCCAAACCCUCAGCAGUUUAUCAUUUCCAGGAGGAUCUGGGGUUUAUCCAUUGGAGAAAUGAUAUCAGCUGGUCUGGCUGUCUGCUCAGGCAGAGCCCUCCCAGCCUUUGGAGGUUGUGCCUCUUUGGGGACAGCAGAUCUGUUCCAAAAUGAGUCUUGUCUUACCUGUCAGGUGUUGCUCCUUAUCCUCUAUGGUCUUUUAUCUUUAAAGUGGUCUGAACAUUGAGCCUAAAGAAAAGCAAACAUGACUAGUGAAUUUCUAGGUUAGAAGCUUUUUCAACACCCACUUGUCUACUCCUCCCUCCGCAAACUCCAUGAAAAGUGAAAGAUUUUCAACUGAUUUACUUUAAAAUGUUUUAUUUAAGCAGGUAGCACAAUCUACUAAUGUUAUUUGAUCUUCUGUGUUUGUUACAUUGGUUGUAAUUAAUUUUUUAAAUUAAAUUAAUUCAAGAAUUAGUAGUAAAUUUAUUAAGUUAACUAUUAACUACAUUCACUUUGUAAAUUAUUGUAUAAAACUUAUUGACAAUGCACUGACUUUAGAAAGAUGUUAAUGUACAUAAAUGCCUUGUAAAUAAAAUAGUGUUGAUGUACUGGAAUAUGAGCUGUAUUAAAACAAAGGUAUUGGUAAUUGUAUAUGGAGUGAACCUGUUUAUCUGUAACUAUAUUAUUCAAACAAAUUAAAUACUGUGGAUGCA